UCCAGACUUUGGUCACCGCCGCCCCCGGAGACGGAGACGGAGCGUUUGCUGCAGCCUCCGCUGGGCCGUGACUCCGGGCUCCGUCAGCCCCGCUCCCCCUCGGGCCUGAGCGCUGGGCCCCGGCAGUGGGCGCCAUGGAGGACGGGCCGCCGGAGCCGCCGCACCCGGACUGGGCGGACGAGCAGCGCAUGGCCUUCCUGUUCUCGGCCUUCAAGCAGAGCCGCGACGUGGACAGCGCCGACUGGGACGGCAAGCUGGCCUUCUGGGCCCCGCUGGUGCUGCAGGCGGCUGCCCGGCGCCGGCGGAUCCGCUUCACCCCGCGGGAGCUCGGCGGCUGGUUCCAGCGCAACGGCGCCGCGCCGCUAGGCCUCGCCACCGUGUUACAGCACCUGGCCAGGCGUGGGGUCAUCCAGACAGAGUCGAGCUUUGCUGCGAGCGUGGACACUGGCUGGCUGGCGCGGGGAGUGUGGCUGCUGCUGGUCAAACCCCUGAGGUGGACCCUCGCCUCCAUCCUGGGAACUGAUACCAUCUCGCCCGAUGAUUCGUUCAUUAUUGUUGACCACAUUAAGGACAAGGCGGCUGAGGUUCUGCGACUGUGCCAGCGUUCCCUCGAUGCGGCCCACCCGGUGGCGGUCCUGUCCGCGCUGCAGCAGGAGUGUCGGGAGGUGUGCGAGGACGAGAAGACCUUCUGUCUGUGCCUGGUGCAGCUCCAGAAGGACAAGAAAGUGGCGGUGGCCGAACUCGAUGGGGAGAGGAUUGUGAAGCUUGCCCACCCUGGCAGCAACAAGCCGGCGGUGGUGACGGAGGUGGACGUUGGCGUGUACCACUUGAUGAACUGUGAGAAGAUGCUGUCACACAAGGCCGAGACACUCUCGCAGGAGGCUGACGGGUACCAGGAAGAGGCAAGGAAGCAAAUCAGAGCUGGUAAAAAGCAUCUGGCACUGAAAUCUCUGAAAAUGAAGAAGAGAACCUUUAAACAACUGGAAGAUAUCCACGCCAAGCUUGAUACGAUCGACACCAUCCUCAAUCGCAUUCGCUCCUCCCAGACCGACCUAAAGGUUGUUGAAGCUUAUCAGGCUGGGCUCGGGGCUCUGAGGCAGUCGAUGAAAGAUGUGAGUGUGGAGAAAGUGGAGAACCUGAUGGAUGAGAUCGAGCAGUUCUGUGACACACAGGAUGACAUCAGGAAGACUCUGGCUGGUGAAAGCUUCGAUGUAGCGGGUGGAGCUGACGUGAGUGAUUUGGAGGCUGAGCUGGAUGCUCUUCUGCAGGAGGAGCCGCAGCUCCAGAUGUGCCGGCCGAUACACGACCUGCUGCUUCCUUCAGUGAGGACAACCAGCUGCUCGCCAAGCUCAGCAAGCUCAGCCUGACUGAC